AGUGCGCGGGCGCCGCGUGGUGGGCGGGCGCACUGUAGCCCUGCACGCGGCCCGGCGCGCACGCACGCAUGAAGACCGAGGAGCAAGCCACGGAGGAGGCGGCCCGCCGCCCGCCGGCCACCCGACGACAAGAAAAACCACCCUUCUCUUACAUAGCCCUCAUAGUCAUGGCGAUCAGACACUCUCCAAACAAAAGGCUAACCCUUAGCGAAAUUUACAGUUAUCUUCAACAAACAUUUCCAUUUUUCCGAAGUUCAUAUCAGGGUUGGAAGAACUCUGUGCGUCACAAUUUAAGCCUAAACGAAUGUUUCGUGAAGCUCCCGAAGGGGCUCGGGAGGCCGGGGAAGGGACACUAUUGGACUAUCGACCCUUCCUCAGAGUUCAUGUUCGAAGAGGGAUCGUUCAGGAGGCGACCUCGAGGAUUCCGCCGGAAGUGCCAGGCUCUUAAGCCGCAGUUUGGGAGCGGUGGAUACCUGUGCGGAGGCGGGGUUACCGCACUGCCGCCGGCACAGUCCGCCGGCUACGAGUUAGCCGGCAGCAGUGGUGCCGGCACGAGCAACGCGAGUUCCAUCGACUACGGAGCCUGUGCCUACUCGCACACCAGCUCGUCGAGCCAGCAGCUGCCCUACGGCAGCGACUACUGCACAUACGGCGGCAUGGGCGACCGCGAGUGGCCGCUUCCCUACGGGUCGGUGGACACCAGCUACCGGCCGCCGCCGCCUUCCCCGCCGCCGCACCACGACCUUCCAGAUCUCAUACCCAAUUAUCAAUAUGUAACCAAUGACCAUGGUACAUCGGCGAUGUUCGCAGGAAUGCGCGGAGUGCACGGGCAAAUGCUCGGGGGCGGGUCGCUGGGGCUGGGCGGCUUCGGACUGGGCUCGCCGCUGCCGGCACUACCUGAGCGCAAGGCGUACGCGUCGCCGCCGCCGACGCCCCUGCCCGCGCUGCCGCCACUGCCUGCGCUGCCCGCGCCCUCCGCACCGCCAGCGUCCGGCCAGCCACCGGCAGUCAGCUCCGCGUCGGUUCAUGCCUACUACGAUCACAUGAAAUACUCCUUACACCAGUAGCUCCUGAAUACUGACGCACCGUCAAAAUAUAGGUAGAUUAGCACCGGCGCAGGCAGCUAAGACUAGUGAGCGAGGACUCUCCCCAUAAUGUGAUCUAGACCCUCAGAUAGAUGUGUUUCAGAGAGAUAUGUAACGAUUUAAAGAAUAGGAAAUUGAUUUUCUUUAAGUUUAUAACCGUUCUGCACUUGGUAUUUGAUACAGGCACAAUGCCGCAAUGUAGAAUUAUUUUUAUUUAUGACAACUAUUUUACAUUUUGUAUUUUAACCGUGUGUACCUAAACAUUUCUGCCGAAUCUGAAGGGAUGAACUUACCCCGACGACAAUGUAUUCUAGAUUAAAAAACAUUGCCUAAAUAUUUUCCUGUGCGUGGUGUGGUAUUUUAUCCGAAUGAAUCAAAAUACUGUAUUGUACCUACUUUUUCGCAAAAACAUAAACCCUGAAAACAUUAAGUACACUCCUUUUUUGGGCAGUCGUGUAAAAAUGGACAACAAGGUUGACCUUGCCGGUUUUAAGGGUGGUAUUUCACCUGUCCAAUAUCUUUGUCCAAUGUCAGUGCGUCUCACUUUCUCAUAAAAGCAAAAUAUGAGACGCA